AUGUCAAAUUCUGUGCAAGGCAAACUAACUGGUACUGUUAUUGGAAAAUAUAAAUUGUCUACGCAGAUUGGAAGCGGUUCCUUUGGUACCAUUUAUUUAGGACGUAAUACAAAAACAGAUGAGGAGGUAGCAAUCAAAGUCGAAAGUAGUCAAAUUAAGCACCCGCAACUAUUUUUUGAAGCAAAGUUGUACAAGAUUCUAAGUGGUGGUGAUGGGAUUCCUCGUGUAAGAUAUUUUGAGCGUACUAGCGAAUACAGCUAUCUUGUAAUGGAUUUACUCGGACCUAGCCUUCAGGAUUUGUAUAUGUAUUGUUCAAAGCACUUCUCACUUAAAACAGUCCUUAUGUUGGCUUUUCAAAUGAUUUUUCGUAUUGAGUGCAUUCAUUCUCGAAGUUUCCUCCACAGAGAUAUUAAACCCGACAAUUUUUUGAUGGGUGUCGGACGAAAUACUUACAAAGUUUAUAUGGUUGAUUUUGGUCUUGCAAAAAAAUACCAAUGUCCAAGAACUAAAGAGCAUAUUCCUUAUAGAGAUGGCAAAAACCUCACAGGAACAGCGCGUUACGCAAGUGUAAAUACGCAUAUAGGAAUUGAACAAUCUCGUAGGGAUGAUCUCGAAGCUCUAGGAUAUGUUCUCAUGUAUUUCCUACGAGGUGGCCUACCAUGGGAAGGUUUAAGGGCCAAUACUAAGCGACAAAAAUACGAGAAGAUUAAGGAAAAGAAGAUUGCCACACCGCCGGACUUACUUUGUAAGGGAUUUCCAGAUGAAUUUGCCGUCUACCUCAAUUAUUGCCAAAAUCUUGGUUUUGAUGAAACCCCGGAUUAUACCUAUUUGCGUCAACUCUUCCUGAAUUUAUUCGCCGAAAGGAAAUUUGCAAUGGAUUAUGUUUACGACUGGUCGCGUAGGACAAUUAGUUCAUUUUAA